UAUUCUUAUUCAUAACGACGAAGAUAAAAUAACAGAUCUUGGACAUGCCAUAAAUGACAAUAUGGAAACACAUGAAUUAUCUAGUGAUCGUCGACCAUUCGAAAGCACAUCGAGUUCCGGUUCUAUGGAUAUCUCUAGUUUGUGCUUUAGCAUUAAUCAUGGUACGAGAAAAGAUCCAGUCUUUGGAACUCCUGAGAUCAUAAAACCUUUAUA